AUGUGCCGAAAUUCCUUAUCAAGUUUUAAAAUGCGAGCAGCUUUAAAACUAUCUGGCCAUGAUGGCUCUAAAACUGAGAGGAGGAAACUCAAAAGAAUUUUCAGAGAGCUCUCUAAACGCUGUGGUCAAUCUGAUGAUGGAAUCAAUCGUGAUCAAUUUUUAAGGUUUACCAAACUUUCGGGUAUUUUAGGCGAGCAGUUAUUCAAUUCGCUAGACGAAGAUGAAGAUAACAAAUUGGAUAUCAAAGAGUUUCUGAAUGGAUUAAUUCUUCUCUAUAAAGGAACCUUUGGAGAAAUUUCUGAGAUACUAUUUAAAAUUUUUGAUUUCAGUAAAAGUAGUCAUAUAUACCUUUUUUAAAUCAAAUUUAAGAUUUUAUUAGCAUUAAUAGCAAAAUCAUCUUAAAAAUAGGAGCUGCCCUUAUAAAAAAAUUUAAUUAUCUCCUUAAAAUAUCUUAUCUUCAAAUGAUGUUUUAUUCAUUUUAUCUUACUUGCCUAUGUAUUGUCCGAAAUGCAAAAAGAGACUUAUGGUUGUAUGGGAUUAUAAAGAAAAAGUCCAGGAACUUUUCGAAGACAGAGAUUAUAUUCAUUUAGAAGAAUUCAAAGAGUCAAUCCAGCUGAAUAGUGAAGUCGGUGAAUUAGUUUUGCAAUGUAUUUUUAACUCAUUUCCUGCGAUUAUUGACGAGUGUUUUUUACCUAAAAAAUUACUUUGUGAAGGAUUAGAAAAUGUGAUGGAAGGGAAACUUAUAUAUAGCAACAGAGAUUACUAUUUUCUAUUGAAAAAUAAAAGUUUGUAUUAUGCAAUAAGCAAGGAUAGAGUAGCGAGUAAUCCAGCUGGAAUUAUUUUUGCCAGCGAUUUAUUUGUGGAAGAAUCAUCAGGGAACAGUUUUGUACUGAAAAAUACUAAAUUUGAAUACACAUUUGAAGAUGAACAUUUUUUUAUUAUUUUUUUAAAUAUUUUUAAUAAAAUUGAAAAAAAUAUUCCACAUAUAAUUAUUUUUGAAAAAUAAAAAAAUAAGCCUUUUUAUAUAUUUACAUUUUAAUUGAAUAAUUUCUGUGUUUUAUAGCAGCAUAAUCAGGAAUAUUUUUUAUUUGAAGCUGAAAGCCUAGCUCAAAAAGAAAAAUGAAUGGCAUCAAUAAGGGGUGAAACGGAAUUUAAAGAUUUUUAUGCUGAUUAUGAAACCACCGAAACUAUAGGAAAAGGCGCUUAUGGAGAAGUCAAAUUAGGCAGAAAUAAGCAUACAGGCAAUACUGUCGCUGUAAAAGUUAUAUCAAAAGAACCACUAGAUGCAAGGUCAGAAACAAGACUAAGAAGAGAAAUUAAUAUCUUAAAACUUAUAACACACGAAAGCAUUUUACGACUAGAAUCUGUAUAUGAGACCGCAAAUGAGCUUUUUAUAGUCACAGAUUAUAUAUCAGGUGGAUCUUUAUUUACCUGGCUUAAAGAUAGAGAAUUUUCUAUCAGAGAAAAUGUUGCAAAAAAAAUUAUAAAGGAUUUAGCAAAUGCUUUGGAGUUUUUACAUUCUAAUGGAAUAAUUCAUAGAGACCUUAAGCUAGAAAAUAUCCUAAUUGAAACUGAUAAGGAUAGGAAUUUAAAGCCUAUACUUAUUGAUUUUGGACUAAGCUGCAUUUUAGGCCCACAUCAAUAUUCUCAGGAAUCGGUAGGAACUUUAAAAUAUGCCUCGCCAGAAAUUUUAUCAAGGAUUCCUUAUAGAGAAUCAGUAGAUAUUUGGGGACUUGGAGUAAUAGCUUAUAUCCUUUUGGUAGGUAGAAUGCCAUUUUAUGGAAAAAAUGAUCAAGAUAUAGCGACAAGAAUCCUUAAAAAACCUAUUGAUUUAGAAGGGAAAAAUUUCUGCAAUAUAAGUGAAGCAGCAAAAGAUGUAAUUAAAAAUUUAUUAACAAGAAGACCAGCAAAUAGAAUAUCUCUGAGUGCUUUGUUAGAGCAUGAAUGGUUUUUAAAUGAAGAGGAAAGAGCUGAGAGAACAAUUACUGAUUAA